CAUUGGAGAAGAAAUUGGCCGAAUAUACCUCUAUUCAUCCUACCCAAACCGCACGAAUAUUGCUUAAUGUAGAAAUUGGGAAAUUUACUGAUAAAGAAAUAAAGGUCAUUCAAGAAAGAAUUAGAACGAAUUCUUCUCGACCAAAUUGGCUUGAUCAAUUCGAUGAUUUAGAACUAAAUGAGCCAAUGUUGACUAAUUGA